GUUUCCUAGUCGAGUUUUUUAAUUUACUGCAUAUUUUUGCACUAUAUGCAAAAUAUUAUUAUGAACAUUCUUAUAUUCAUGAAUAAUAAAAUGCUCUCAAGAUUAGUCAAUCUCAGAGACUUUCAGAGAUUUUCUUCGAAAAUCCGGAAUAAAGUGGAUUGAAUUGAUUGAUCAUUAAUAAUUAAUUUGAUAAAUAAAUAAAUUUCAAUAUUUUUUAGUAAAAUGGCUUUCAUAAUUGCACGUCAAUUGAUUGAAGUUAUUGCUGAAUCUAACGGGGGACUCUUCAGGAUUUUUUUUCCAAUUCCGAUAUUUCUUUUGCAUUCAAAAAUUGAGGAGAUGGCUAAGACGCCAUUUUUUUGCACUUUAAAUCACAAUACUACGUCAAUGCUCAUGGCGCGAUAAUUUUUCUAUAAUCAGUUUGACGCCGGUUAUUAUGACUGAGUAUGACGCGGAUAUUUUGACAUGAAAACGUCAUGCAGUGGAAUUUUUUCAGUUUAUUCACCUGAAAAAUUUGACGGCGAAUAAAUUUUCAAAUGAACUGAUGAAUUUGCGCGAAAAAACGAUCAAUUUUCCUCAGUCUUGACAGAUGUAGUGAAAGAAACAUUUUGGAGCUGAGGAUAAGGUUAGGAAGAGCAACCAAGUGUCAAAUUGGAGCAAGUAUUCAAAAAAUUAUUGUGACAGUGAUGGUUAUUUGAUCACAAAUGGAUAUAGAGAUUCACCCUUUGACGAGUAAUCCCACUGCUGCUUGGCAGGAGUUGUCACAGCAUCAGAAAGUCAUCAAGAUCAAUGCCAAAACACCGACGACCGAAGCACCAGAGAAUAAACUUAGAGUUGUGUGUAUGAGUGACACUCACUCAUUAACUCCUUACAUCAAGUUUGAUAUACCACCUGGUGAUAUUUUUAUACAUGCUGGCGACUUUACAAAGUGUGGAAGUCUUCAAGAAGUUGUAGAGUUUAAUAAUUGGAUAGGUAAUUUACCCCAUAAGCAUAAAAUAGUGAUAGCAGGGAAUCAUGAAUUGUCUUUCGAUCCGACAUUCACCCACCCCUUCACCACUCACAGCAGUGGUGACAGACAAAAACAUAUGGGGACCAGUAUUCUCGAUAAUAUUCCAACCCUGGGAAUGUCCAAGGACACCCUAGCCGAAGCUAUUCAGACAGCCAAUGUUAAGGAGUACUUGACUAAUUGUACUUAUUUGGAAGACUCGGGGAUAACUUUGUAUGGAAUUAAAAUUUAUGGAACUCCUUGGCAGCCGGAAUUCUGCAAAUGGGCCUUUAAUGUUCCCAGGGGUGAGUCUUGUCUAUCCAAGUGGGAUCUAAUACCUUCGGACACUGAUAUUCUAGUCACUCAUACACCACCCAUUGGACAUGGGGAUCUCUGCUGCAGUGGAGUUCGUGCUGGCUGUGUAGAAUUGUUGUCAACAGUACAACAACGAAUAAAACCCAAGUAUCAUGUUUUUGGGCAUAUACAUGAGGGAUACGGUAUAUCUUCUGAUGGGAGAAUUAUUUAUAUUAAUGCAUCGACCUGCGAUCUCAAUUAUCUCCCAAGCAAUCCACCGAUUGUUUUUGAUAUUACGUUACCCGAUGGUUUUGAUAAACGACCGAAUUGAAUACAGUAGAAUCACGUGAUAGUCGUUCUCGUUUUAAUCCCACGUCUGUUUUUACGGGAGUUAUUCACCUGUCGGCUGAGUAAUCACAGUGUAUUUUCAAACGAUAAAUAUAGGGGCCCAAAACGAAUAAAAAACCGUAAAAAAAAUUCUUGGAUUUCGGCAAGAUCCAAUGAAAUGAUAUUCGGUAGAAAUUGAGUGAGGAAAAUGCACGCUUUUAUUUAUUUUCCCUUUUGAAAAAAAAACUCAAUAGCUUUAAUCGUGAAUGGUGCUGACACUUGCACAAGAAAAUCGUCUAGACUGUAAGUGGCAAGAAUAAUGUAUUUUUUAUUUCAAUAGAGAGAAUGACAGUGAGAUUGUAACACUGAGGGGCGAACAAUGAAUUAUGUUUACUCAAUGAUAAGCAAGGACUGAUGUCAUUUGAGAUAGUGUGAGAAUAUUCAAUUUUAUUGUUCGUAUCUGCCACUGAUUAAAUUGUUGAAGUUUCCAAGAGAAUAUGCUAUCACAACAAACCAAAAUUUAUUCAAUAAAACAGAUCACUUUUAAGACAUUUGGAAUACUCUCACUCUGCCUCUCUGUGCUUUCAAUGAAGACAAAAAAAAUUAAAAAGCAUAGUCUAUUUUAUUUCAGUUUUAUUUUAAGAUCGUAUUGCGACCAACUGUAAUCUCGGACUCCAUAACGCAUAUUCGCUUUUUGUACUUUAUACCGUAUAAUAAAUUAACAGGGAAACAAUCA